UGUUGAUUGCAAGCUGAAAUUAUACGACAACACACUACAGUCGAGAAAUGAGAAUCUUCGCUUUCGUGAGCUUCUUGUUGGGCCUACUGGUGGCCGUAAGCGCCCUACCAUAUCCCAUGCCUGAGCCCUUACCAGGCGGUGGCGGCGGCGGUGGUGGCGGCGGUGGUCUCUGCGGCGGAGGUGGUGGAGGCGGCGGCGGCGGUGGCGGUGGUGGAGGCGGUGGCGGUGGUGGCGGUGGCGGCGGCGGCGGCUGCUAAAUGGAAUCAUACACACACAUACUUGCACAACCUCCAAGCUGAAACUGAGUUUCGGCCGUGACUGUACGCACUCAUUCCCCUACACAAAAUUACAAUUCAAUAAAAAAAACUUUUGGAAAACUCAAA